AGUCGUAGAUUCAAGAUUGGGCUGCGUCCGGCUCCAACCGCACAACGGUAGUCAUGUAAAACUCCUCACUUCUGCUGCUCUGGCAUUUUGCGGAGUCCUGGCCUGAGACGAUAAUCAACUUCUGUGACUGCUGUGGCUCUCCAAUGAACACGAUGACCACUUGGUUACUCUCCAAAUCUCUCUCCCUCUCCCCUCGUUUUUUCCCCUUCCCCCCUUCUUGAGACCGUCGCCUCUGCAUCCUCACUCUCGGUCUCAAAACCUCGACCCAAACCCAAUCAUGGAGCCGUGCGGGGCGACGCUCUCUCGACCUCACACCGCAAUUCCCCCCUUCUUCAUCCCUCAGCCCCAUCGCCACAAUCGCAAUUUCAAGAGAUAUCAGGUGGUGUGUGUUGGCAACAGUGUCAGCAACUCGGGUCCUGCAAAACCCACCAAGGAAAGGCAGAUGACUAUCUCAAUAACUGGAGCUACUGGUUUUGUUGGCCGAAGAUUGGUUCAGAGGUUACUCGCAGAUGACCAUAGCGUUCAUGUCUUAACACGAUCCAGAAGCAAUGCACAAUUAGUUUUCCCCGUUGAGAAAUUUUCCAAAAUUACAAUUGCUGAGGAAGUAGAAUGGAAAAAUUGCAUUCAAGGUUCAGACGCCGUUGUGAACUUGGCUGGAAUGCCUAUAAGUACGAGAUGGUCACCUGAGAUUAAAAAGGAGAUUAAACAAAGCCGUAUUAGAGUUACAGCAAAGGUUGUAGAUUUGAUAAACAAAACAAAUGUGGAACUUCGACCUUCGGUCUUGGUUAGUGCAACAGCCAUUGGUUACUAUGGGACAAGUGAAACUCAGGCUUUUGAUGAGACAAGCCCAUCAGGAAAUGACUACUUAGCAGAGGUUUGUAGAGAAUGGGAAGGAAAGGCUCUUGAAGUAGAUAAAGAUGUUAGGUUGGCACUUAUCCGCAUUGGUGUUGUUCUUGGAAAAGAUGGCGGUGCUCUAGCCAAAAUGAUUCCUCUCUUCAUGAUGUUUGCUGGAGGACCUUUGGGCAAUGGCCAACAAUGGUUUUCAUGGAUUCACUUGGACGACUUGGUGAACCUUAUUUAUGAAGCUAUAGUGAACCCAUCAUAUACAGGUGUAAUCAAUGGAACUGCACCCAACCCAGUUCGAUUGUCAGAGAUGUGUGAACAACUAGGUCAAGUAAUGGGCCGGCCAUCUUGGCUCCCAGUACCGGAUUUUGCUCUUAAAGCUGUCAUGGGUGAAGGCGCCACUAUUGUUCUGGAUGGGCAGAAGGUGCUCCCUGUGAAAGCCAAGGAAUUAGGGUUUUCCUUUAAGUAUCCAUUUGUCAGAGACGCGCUCAAGGCCAUCAUUUCUUCGGGGAAUUACAGUUUGCGUUAGAUCAAUUCCAAUUUUUUUUUUUUGCCAGUCAGAUAAGUAAACCUGUAUUUUACUGAUUUCCACAUUUGUAUCUGUAUGAAUAUAUUCUAUUUCCAAUGGAAUUUUGAGGAUUGAUCCACACUUUCUUAUUC